UCGAUACCGAAUCUAUUUAUUUUUUAUUUUAUGAUGCAAUAAAUGUAGAUCACAACUGUUCGGCUUAAGUGCUAAUAAUCCCUUGUCCUCUUUUCCUAAUCACAUUUAAUUCGAUUUAUCGGUUUAACUUUCUUUUUCAUUCUAUACGGAUUUCCUUGACUCAUCCUUAUUUGUGAAUCUUUCUUCAUUUUACUGAAGAUUAAAUUUUAUUAUUUUUCUAAAUUAAAGCUCAAGGAUAUAGAAUUUGAAAGUCUCUGAGUUGAUAGAUUUGAUAUUUCUUUAUCUAACAUUUAUAAGAUUAUCUCUCAGUAAAAAAUCAUUAAUUUUAUAAACAUGAGUACCAAUGCCGGCCGCGUUCUCGUGUAUGGUGGAAAAGGAGCAUUAGGAAGUACCAUUAUAUCUCAUUUUAAAGCGUGUAAUUGGUGGGUAGGUUCUAUAGAUCUUUCUAGUAAUGAGGAAGCACAUGCUAAUGUUGUUGUGAAACCGAGUGAAUCCUGGACUGAACAGGAAUCUGAAGUUAUAUCAGGAGUUUCAAAAAUUUUAAAUAAUGAAAAAGUUGAUGCAGUCAUUUGUGUUGCUGGAGGCUGGGCUGGUGGAAAUGCUGCUUCAAAAGAUCUUGUGAAGAAUUCUGAUCUUAUGUGGAAACAGAGUGUAUGGACUUCAGUAAUCUCAGCUAAAUUAGCAUCAGAACAUCUUAAAGAAGGAGGUGUUCUAACAUUGACUGGAGCUAAAGCUGCACUAGAAGGGACCCCUGGAAUGAUUGGAUAUGGGAUGGCUAAAGGAGCAGUGCAUCAUUUGGUCCAAAGUUUGGCUGCUCCUAAAAGUGGAUUACCUGAUGGAGCGACAACUUUAGCAAUAUUGCCAGUUACUCUAGAUACACCAAUGAAUAGAAAGUUCAUGCCAGAUGCUGAUUUUUCUACCUGGACACCUUUGACUUUUGUUGCUGAGUUGCUGCUAAAUUGGGCACGUGGAAGCAAUUGUCCAAAAUCUGGCAGUUUGGUGCAACUUAUAACUAAAGAUUCUGUGACAGAAUUGAAGAUGGAUUGAGUGUUAAAAAUAUAUCUAUUAUAUAUUUGAUGUGAGCUUUCAAUGUAUUGAGUAAAAAUUCCAAUCAGGAAAAUUAUAAAUGUCAACAAAUGAUAAAUUGAGUAAGAUCUGAGUAUGCUUGUUAAUCUG